AUGGAAGACAUGGAGGGGGCCAUCAAGGCGUGCAAGGAAGGUCUGAAGCUCUACACCACGUCGCUCGGCUCCACGGGUUGCGAGGUAGACCUUUGUGUGGUUUUUGGCGCAAGAUGCGCAACGAAGGCCCCAGAUCCGGCAGAAGCUGGAGCACAGCUUGGAAGAGGCCAAGAAAGGACCCAAGGAGAUCCUCAGAGGGCUGAGAGCUGCCAUGAGCCUGCCCCGAGCUGCUUGGUUGCAGAGCUGCUGAAAGUGCUGAAAGAGCUGUGUGUAGAGCGGAGGAGAAGUCUCCGGAAGAGGAGAAGAAGCGAGAAGAGUUGCUGCAACAGCACAAGGCGUGUAAGUAUGAUCUUCAGUCUGUGCAAGUUAGAUGUAGCUCCUCCAGCUCCUCAUGGCCUUCGGAAGGAGAAACAAAAAGUGCAAAAGAAGGAAUGGAGGAAUUUGACUGAGAAAGCAGUUGCUUGGCUGGUCGCAUUGUGCAGAGAAGGACCCAGAAAAAUAGUCAAUUGA